UUUUCCUCCACAUUUUCCUAUACAAUAAGAAGGUCAGCGUGCGUUAUCUCUCUUCCAAUUAUUUAAUCUAAUCCAAUAGGUGCGUUCUAUUGUAUUAGACCAUUAACGGAUUAUCCUUAGUAGUGAAAAACUAUCUAUCGCUCCUUGGUAUAAACAAUCAUUUUGGUAAGAUAAAACAACAUAGCAAACAAAUUUAUUUUCACACCAAUUUAGUCCGGAUCCAUUGAUAAACUUUUAUGCGAUACGACAGCGCAAAAUAAAGAUGCGCACGCCAAAAAAUUCUCUACAUGAAUGUAUUUCAACAUUUUCGCAACAAAUUGUGAUAACAGAUUAUUACAUUAGCGGUUUGCGUAUAUAAGUUGAACAUUGCUGCAAGUCCCAUUGACUUCCAGGUCCGACUGGGUUUUCGUGGGAGAUAGUUUGAGUGCGUACUAUGGACGUGAGUAAUAGUAUCAACAAUGAGAAGAAGAAGAAAGAAAGUGGCGUGAGGUCUGUUUCCAAGCAGAUUAUCUUGGGACUGCUGACCAAUUUUUCCAGUUUGGCUCCUAGUAUGAGCUUGGGCUUCUCAGCAGUUGCAAUCCCUGUACUAAGAGGUUCCCUCACCUCAAAUGGAAUAUCAUGGUUCGCUAGUAUAGCGUCCCUAGCAACCCCAUUUGGUUGUUUCUUAACUGGUCCACUAGCUGAUCGUUUGGGCCGGACAAAAGCCUUGUUGUUCGUAAAUGCGGCAUCAUUUUUAGGGUGGAUAAUAUUGGCCCUAGCAUUCUAUUCGUCAAAUAACUACCCGUUGUUGAUAACUGGAAGAAUAUUGACUGGAUUUUCCACCGGAUUAAGCAGUGCGCCGGCAACUAUAUACAUGGCGGAAGUUUCAAGCUUAGAAUUGCGAGGUGUUUUUACAACAUGGGCAUCUAUUUCUUUCGCUUUAGGCGUGUUGAUAAUCUACUUUUUGGCGUUUAUAUUGAAGGACGCCAUGGGUCUAAUUUGUCUGAUCACAGCCGCUCUACCAUGCCUGGGCAUUCUCUUCACGAUUUUCUUAAUUCCCGAGUCGCCGUCAUGGCUUGUAGGCAAAAAUAGAAUCGAGGAAGCCUCAGACAAUCUAUGCAAAGUAUUCGGCACCAGCAUGUAUUCCCAAGAAGUACAAAACGAGCUUGACGCUCUUAUAAAGUUGAAAAGCAUCAAGCUGGACAGCGAAAAGAAGUCCCUAGCUAUGCAGUUCGUUAGAAAACUCAAGUACCUCUUCUCUUCAAGGACCUUGAAACCAAUGGCUCUAGUAGUGACUCUGUUUUUCUUCCAACAGCUGUCCGGAACUUUCGUUCUGUUGUUCUAUGCAAUUGAUAUAGUAAAGACUGCUGGUAUAACGUUCGAGCCUUACUUCACAAUAGUCCUUAUAGGUGUUAUAAGGCUCAUAGCGGCAGUAUUGACGAGCAUCAUUUGCAAAAAGGUCGGAAAACGGCCUUUAUCCUUACUAUCCGGUAGUGGUAUGACGAUAUGCCUUCUAAGCUUGGGAGCCUACAAUUUCUUCCAGGAAAAUGGUACUAUUCCUCAAUUGCCUGUUAUACCAUUGACUUUAUUCAUAGCUUACUUCGUCUGUAAUGCUCUUGGGUUCCUGCCAGUUCCAUUUGCUUUGGCUGCGGAGCUGUUUCCUACAAAGAUACGCGGCACUGCUACUGGUUUCAUCUCAGGGUUGGGUUACAUGUUCAACUUCAUGAUAGUGAAGGUAUAUCCAGACAUGGUCAGCGCUUUUACUGGAAAAGGAGUAAUUUGUUUCUAUGGUGGUGUAGCUUUACUUGGAACGAUAUUUGUAGCUCUUUUACUGCCUGAGACCAGAGGGAAGAGCCACACAGAAAUUGAGGCUCUAUUUGGACACAAACCUACUAUAAGAAAUACUGAAGCUGAAAACAAGAUAGAGGAAGGAGAAAAGCAAGGUAAUUAUGUCGGAAUAGAAUUCAAAGAUGUUUGAAUUUUUAUGACUAUCUAGGAAUGUAAAAACUUCGCGUACUCUGAAUAGUAUUUACAUGGUUCAUCGAAUUUCUAUUUUAUUUUUAUAGAUUUGAUACACGAAGAUGGAAUCAGAUACGUCUAAAGCUUUCAGAGGAUGCGAACUUUUGCAGAUUAAGGAAUAUGAUCUCAUUUUUCAGCAUAUUUUUUUUGUGGCUAAAGAAGACGAGAUAUUCUUUUAAGUGCAGUAUAUCAUUAUAUGAAUAGUACACAAGGGACAGACUGGAUGUGAAUUUAGAGAAAUAAGCGUAUUACUUAUGAAUUGUGGAACUAUGCAGGUAAUGAUAACUUAUACAAAUAAAUAGAAAAAUGAUGUAGAUCAUAGUGAGAUUGGACGGCAAAUAUUUUCUGUAAGAACCAAAUUAUCAUUUGAAUACAAUUUUCAUCCCAAAUUUUGUGUAAAGGGUGAUUGAUUUGAUUAAUUAUUAUUUGAAAAUCCACUUUGACUAUGACUGUUCAAUGCAAAAUGUAAUUGUAAUAUUAAGGUACUGUUUUUAAUGUUAGGCUGUGAUUUUAUAUAAUAGAAUGAUAGUGCUAAACUGCUAUAAUUUCAUAGCUAAAGUCAUUUAAUUUGUAUGUUAUGUACUCGUAUCCCAUU